AUGGCAACAAAUACAAAUUCAAAUUACACUCUGGUCCCUUGGAAACUGUUCCGACAAGAGCUUCACGCUGUCCACCCUAUAUCGUCCGGAUUAGAGGCACUCGCGCUCAAAUCCACGAUAGAUCUCACUUGUAACGACUUUAUUUCCAAUUUCGAAUUCGACGUCUUUACGAGGUUAUUUCAACCGUGGGGCACGCUGCUGCGCAACUGGCAGAUCCUGGCCGUCACGCACCCGGGCUACGUAGCGUUCCUGACAUACGACGAAGUCAAAGCGCGCCUGCAGAAAUACAUCACCAAAGCGGGAAGCUACGUGUUCAGGUUAUCCUGCACGAGGCUAGGACAAUGGGCAAUUGGCUAUGUAACGGCAGAAGGAGAUAUAUUGCAAACGAUACCUCAAAACAAAUCACUUUGUCAAGCUCUGCUCGAUGGAUUUCGGGAAGGAUUUUAUUUGUAUCCUGAUGGAAGAGCAGUAAAUCCAGAUCUAAGUUGGGCUGUUCAAUCUCCUUCAGAAGAUCAUAUAGCUGUUACACAAGAACAAUAUGAACUUUAUUGUGAAAUGGGGAGCACGUUCCAACUGUGCAAAAUAUGUGCUGAAAAUGAUAAGGACAUCAAAAUCGAGCCUUGUGGACACCUUCUUUGUACGCCUUGUCUUACAUCCUGGCAAGUUGAUUCCGAUGGCCAAGGUUGUCCAUUCUGCAGGGCCGAAAUCAAAGGCACAGAGCAAAUAGUUGUGGAUGCUUUUGAUCCAAGGCGACAGCAUCAGAGAAAUUCUAAUUCUAAUUCAACUUCAAAUAAUUGUUCGAAGACCUUGGUUCAAACGCAAUCUAAUAAUUCCAACAACAGUUGUGAAGAUGCAUUUGAUGAUGCGGAGGAUUCCGGAGACUUCAACUUCUCUACAAGCACUCUGCACGCCCUCAGUGGUAAACUGAAGCUCUCCCGUAGUCCACCAAUGUCACCAAGACCUAGCCGAAGGUCUUUAACACCCAGCAGUUCCACAAUCGUCCAAAACCAUUCACAAGUUUCUUCCUCAGUAACAAGUACCUCAAACUCUGAAAUAUCAUCACAGGAUUCGACAUCGUCAUCAGCAACUAGUAGCAACUCCGUUUCCAAUUCGCGCCAAAAUGCAGAUAUAUUUUUGUAUCCUGAAGAAGUUUUGACCCAAGAGCCCGAGGGAGUUGUAUAUAACGGUUACAAUAUGCCUCGAAUAGCGAGCUCGAAGAAAAUGGGGAAUCAAGAAAUUUCAAGUAAAAAUUUGAGACAAGUUUGUCAACAUUCGGCAGUUCAGGAUAAUGUUGUGAGGCAGGAUCCUACAGCGCCUCCUCUGCCGCCACGGAAAAGUGCAGCUGAAAUUUCUCUUCCUGCAGUGAAAGAACUGAAAAAUUCGAACAAAUCGAAUAUUACGUCUAGUUUAACGAAUUUGAAUGAUGCAGGUCAAUCUGCUGUACAGAAUAUGCUGCAGUUGCCGCCUAAAACAUUGACGGGCAGUAAAAGUUCAGAAAAUUUAUCGAAUCUUGAUCCUUUGACGAAGACUAAACAAGCGUCUUUGGAUUCUGAACAAGAUAUCAAAUCCAAUGUGAAAUUGUUCUCUUUUGAUGUCCCCAAAACUAUUGCUCCACCUGUUCCUGUAACGGAGAGUAAAAUAGAGAAAUGUUUUAUAUCAUCAUCAAACGAAGUUAUUGUUGGACCUGCUGAAACUAUUAUAGGGCUUAUAGACACGCGAACUCCUAAUCAAAUAAAAUUAUUUAAUGGUAAAUCUGAAGAAACCAAUGGUCAACAAAGUGCAAACAACUCACAAACCACAAAUUUGUACCACAUAAAAACCAGUUCUUCAAAUUCUCACAUCAGACACCAGUCCUUACCCAUGGUGGCAGUCUUAACUCAGGCAACUUCAAAUACACCUUCAAAAUCUCAAACUGUAUCAGAAAAAUUAGCGUACGAGAACGUUAAUGUGCAAUUAAAAUUUAAACAAAAUCCAUUAUGCAUGGCCAGUUGUAGUAAAGAUGAGGACAUGAUGAAUGUGCCAUAUGAAAAUAUUAAUUUAGAAUACAUAGCAAAAUUAGUUUCCGAAGGUUAUUCGAAAGAAAACGUUAUUAGGGCUUUAGGUAUAUCAAGGAAUAACAUUGAAAUGGCUUGUGAUAUUUUGCACGAGUUUGCCUCCAAAAAUAGUUGUUCACAUUGA